CUUAAACAAUGUUGACCUAAGGAAAAUGAUCCCUCUUAAAAAGAUUAAAGGGUAAAAAAAUGAGUGUUAAAUUACAGUGAAACCUGGAAAUAAACUUUGAAACAGCACUGGCAUAUGAGCCAAAUCACCCAGGAAUGGAAUGAUAAUUUAACAAAGGCUGCAAAUAACACAACCUAUCUUUGGGCUCAAGGGUUUGCAUUGUUUCUAGGUUUCACAAUAUAUAUUUGGAUCUCUUGUGUUUUUAGUUCUUAAAGUAUUAAAGGUGUUGUCAUUAACAUUAAAUUUGGCAGCAUCAAAGUGAUAGGCAAGUCAUUUCUUUCUUUCAUAAGAGUCGAGGGAUAAAAAUGUCGUUUAUUUUAAGCGAUGUGCCAUGGUAAUAAAUAUUAAAUUUUACAAUCUCAAGUUUAUGUUUUUCUUUAAGAGUGAAAAUUUUUUUUUUUCACAAUUGAUUUUUUUUAAAAAAUUGUUAAAAUCUUCAUCUUCACAGUAUUCUUAACACCAUCAGUACAGUAUCCCAAAAGUUGGGUAACCGUCUAGAAGGAUUUACGCAUUCUUUACUACAAGUUCUUUUGGGUUUAGCAGCAACACUGACUGCAGCUCUAGAACAGCGGAACAUGGUGCUGAGUGGGACGGUUAAUCUGCUGAAGACAUUAAGACACACAGUCCUGAUCAGGCUUAUUGAGGUUUGAAAUGUCUCGGUGUUGCUUUUUUUUAAAUUUCCCAAAUAAGUUGUCCAUUAAUUUGCCGUUUGCAGAGCAUGUGCAACUAUUGUUGGCCUUGUUUGACUAAGUUUGUCCCAAUGAUCCUCACAUUAGAGUUUUUUAAGACAUUGUUAGUUUGAACUGCUUAUUCUUUCUCAUUUUAAGCCACAAUUGUAUUCAUUUGAGUUGUUUUUAUCCUAAAAUUAAUAAUUACAUUAAAAUAGUAUAUAUAUGCUAAAUUUUUAUCUCAUACUUCCAAUUUCUUAACACAAAAAAACCCCACUCAUCUUUGUUGCAGUUUUUUGAGAAUUUUGAAGAUCUUGAUUACUCUGUUAAAGAGAUAGACGCUGUCUUUCAUGCUGUUGUUUGGCCUCAGGUAAUGUAGAAAGCUUUUGUUGUCAUUAGAUCGCUCAUUUAGAAAAAAUAAGUUUUAGUGUAAAAAUUAUCUUUCUUAUUGUAUGUAAAUACUCUUAAAAAUUUUUUUUUAUGACUGACCCUUUUUUUUUAUAUUUCAGUCUGAAAAGUUAGUUUUGGAAGGUGUACAUCACCCCACGCCAUUAUUGAAACUCUUCAGCUUUUGGAGCCAGUGUAACAGGUAUGCGCUUGUGAAAUCAUUGUGCAUGCUACUCUUUAAACCUGAAUCAUUAAUGCAUCAUUUCUAUUAUUAUUACAUUAUUUUUUUUAUAUUAAAAAAAUGGUAGAUAUUCAUAUAUUCUUAACUUGCUACUGCAUAUUAUAUAUUAAUAUAAUAUGUGGUAAUUUUUUUUUUGUGCAGGUUUCUUCCUCUGCUUACAAAAACCAAAGAUUCAGAAGAUCUUUCCAGUCCGCUGCAUGCUGUAUUUGCACUGCUGAAUGCCCCAGCUAUUGAUUCAUCAGUAGCAACAGCAAUUUUAGAAUUAGUCAGCUGCUUGCUUCAGAGCAGUGAAGAGAGAGACAGAGGGCACCAGUUACCUCCCCUUCCUGAACCAUAUGCCUAUGUACCAGGUAAUUUUUAUUUUAAUUUAUUUGUGCACAUUUUUAUUUAAAAAAAAAAAAAAAUUGUUGCCAAUUUAUUACUGCUAUUAUUAAAGAAAAGCUAACUCAUUUAUUCACUUUUCUGUGUUAUGUUCUAGGGUGCAUUAGUGUUAAAAUGACAUGAUUUAUUUUCUAUCAGACACAGAGGAAAGAAAGCUAGGGGAAGCCAUCUUGCUUACCCACAUUCCCAUGCUCCUUAGCUAUUUGCAACAUUCUUUACG